UGAUCGUCUAACCCCGAGGCUGGCCUGCUCACUUCCCCAAAACAGGAGCUGAGUUCCCGCGUGGAUAUAUUGUGUUUUUCUUCCUCUUCACCGUCUUCGUUUGAUGAGCCUUUCUUUGCUUUUCUUCUACUUCUACCCUCAUUGUUUCCUCGGACAAUGACCACUGCAGCAACUAACUGAUUACCUGCAUAACUGACUCGGACUACUUGCUCGGUCUAUUUGAUCCACUUGCUAUUUCCUCCUCUGACAAACAAGGAUCCCUGCUCUUCGGUGCAUCUAACCUGCUGGUCUCCCUGCGACUCGGUGCCAAUGGCCCUUUCGAGUUAAUCUCGCCACCCUAAAGUGUCUCAACGGGUACACUUCCCGACUAUCCGUCAAGCAAAAGUCUCCAGCAAACUAUCCCCCGAUCGCAAAGCAAUGUUUCAUACGUUCGAAGGGUUCGAGAACCCAUCUCUUCCGACUACUGUGCGUGGACGCAACCAACGUCAACAAUCUGUCGGACGCCGAGUCACUACGCUCCGGGCCUGCACAUCUUGUCGGCACCGAAAAAUUAAAUGUGACGGAGAAAAGCCAUGUGAAGCAUGCAGAUGGUAUAAGAAAGCAGAUUUGUGUCAGUACUCUGAUCCUCGGCCAUCUCGCAGGCAUGUGGAGAAACUAUCGACCACACUCGAUGAAUUUAGAGGAGUGCUUGACAAGCUCUUCCCUGGCAUUCCAGCGGAGACCCUAGUCAACUUGCCUCGGGACAAGCUCUUGGAGCUGACAGGCAAGGGGGCUUCCCAGAUGCAGACGCAAGCGCCACACCCGGCAUCCCCAGCAACCUCGGCAUCAGUGGAGGCUCACGCAUCUCCGGCAUCCAGCGAAGACGGCAAUCUCGAGUCUUUACAAACCAUACCUGAUCACACAACUGAUGAUCGCGAAUUGAAGAGUUCCGAGCUCACGAGUACCGUGUCCGACGAUGUCAACGCUUUAUCUCUCUCGGCCAAACAGCCAUCCUCCUAUUUGGGUGUGUCUUCCAUCCAUGCUGUGUUAAAGGUGAUAGUAUGGCUAGAGCCGAGCUCCCUCUCUCACCUGUCUCGCGCACCUGCCACAGGAGUUCGUCGGGAUUCUGUCAUGGAGAUUUCUUCGCCAGAGGCCCAGGCCUGGCAGGUCUUUGGGUCUCAGUCGCACCAUGGCACUUCAACUGUGCCCGAGUCUCAACUGCUUGACGCUUACUUUACCUACUUUCAACCGUUUGUUCCAAUGCUGGACGAACAUUCUUUUCGCCAAACGUAUCUUUCUUCGCGCAGGAAGGACAAGCAAUGGCUCGCGUUGCUUAACAUUGUCUUUGCUUUGGGCAGCAUAGCAGCCACCCCUGCCGAUGACAUGUCUCAUCAAGCAUAUUAUAUGCGGUCAAAGAGCCAUUUGGAUUUGGAAAGCCUUGGUUCCCCGCACGUAGAAACCAUUCAAGCUCUGGGCCUCAUGGGUGGCUAUUACCUCCACUAUAGCAGCCAGCCCAACCUCGCGUACUCCAUGAUGGGGGCGGCAUUGCGCAUGGCCGCAGCUCUGGGCUUGCACAAGGAAGUCUCGGAUGGUCAAUACGGCAACAGCAGGAAUAGGUUAUUUUCAGUUGAUCACAAACGUCGAGUCUGGUGGUCUCUGUUCUGUCUGGACACGUGGGGUGGCAUGACCUUGGGCCGACCAAGCAUGGGUCGACUGGGUCCAGCGAUCACCGUUAAGUUGCCACAUUAUAGGGAAACAGGGAAUGUGCUCGACCUUCUACCACUUCUGGAAAAUGUUCGAUUCUGCAAGAUCGCGACACAAAUCCAGGAGGUGCUGGCCGUAGCACCGUUGACAAAGCCUCACGAAAUGGCAAAUCUUGAUAGUCAGCUUCUCGAAUGGUAUGAUAACCUCCCGUAUAUUCUCAAAGACCACGAGCCAUGCUCGGAGUCGAUCGCAAUCACGAGGACUGUCAUGAAAUGGCGAUAUUACAAUCAGCGGAUGCUCUUGUAUCGCCCCACUCUGCUCAGCUACGCCAUGCGCCGCGUACCAUACAUUGUGCUCAGGUCCGAAGAAAGGACAGCUAUUGAAAGAUGUAGGGAGAUUGCCGAGGCUACCAUACAGGAUGUAGCUACCAAGGCACAAUUCCAUCAGAUGUCGGGCUGGAACGCAGUAUGGCUUAUCUUCCAGGCUGCAAUGGUUCCUCUUCUAGGACUGUUCCUCAAUGAUGGUACAGUUGAUGACCCGAGAGCGACAGCUGAAGCAUGUCAGGCCCAAGUGGAAACAACAAUGCUUGUCCUAGAGCGCUUGGAACCUUGGAGUCCAGCCGCCAAAUCGACGCUAGAAGCCGUUUCCCGGAUCUUUGAGGCUGGUAAACGGUGCCACAAUGUCACCGGAGAAGCCCACAGCAUUAACAGCGGUAGCUGUGUGACAGCUACUGAAGAUCUUGGCGCAGUGCCUGGGGUAUCCCCGUUGCAAAUUGACUUCGGUCGCGCAAUGCCACACGAGAAUGGAUUUGUGGAUCCUUUUGAGCCCCAGUUUAUCAAUGAUUCUGCUGGGCAGUAUCUUUGGGACUUUCUUAGCUGGAGCGACAGUAACUUGUUGCAGGGUUUGGCUGAUAUUGACAAUAUCAACAACGCACCACUGUUUCCCCAGGAGGAAAGGAAUACAAAGUAUGGAAGCAGCGAGAGUACUUAUUUUGGAGGUCAAUUGGGAGAUUCAACAUUUUUCAUCAAUUCAGGGCCGUCUUUCUACUAGGGUGGUGCAGCCUCAUCGCUGCUGGUGUUCAAUUCUGUCACAUGGUGUUUUAUUAUUCGCUCGCUUGGUACUUGUUACAGCUCAUUCACUAUCUUAGCGGUUUCAGAUCACAUAGUUAUUCAUGAUUGAUGCAUUUACGGGCGAUUCGGAGGAUUUGUACUGAGAACAUGGUAUCAGGAUAGCAGAAGGUACUGCUUAGCAAUGUAUUUUCAACCUUGGAAGGCACAAACUAGCUAUGAGUCAACACAUGCUAAUGAAAUCUGAUAGAGGUGGGCACCUCUUCAUUAUGAAUCAAGAAGGAAAU